UGCAAUUUCCAUCUCCUUCUUCCACGCUCCCUUAGGCAUUUACUAGCAGCUACUUCCUCUGCGUGACUGGAACACUUCCACGUUUCUCCUUUGCUUCACUCUUAUUUCGUCUCUCCUUUUCUUUAACAGACGAAAGCAGCGGAAACCCAGAAAAUUUGAGCAGAAAAAAGGGGAAAAGGAAUGGCUUUUUUCAAACUUCAGAGCCUAAAACCCAGACCCGUUUCGGAGUUAUCAAUGAAAGUGGGUUCGAUUCGGUGCUACGUCAGCAGGUGCAGGGCGGUGUUGCUGCCUCGGUUCGGUGGACCUGAGGUGUUGGAGCUCCGAGCCGAUGUGCCUGUUCCUGAUCUUAAGCCCAAUGAAGUUCUCGUUCGAGCCCGAGCUGUCUCUAUCAAUCCCCUUGAUACCAGAAUGCGAUCGGGUUAUGGUCGUUCCAUAUUUGAGCCACUUCUGCCACUCAUUUUGGGUCGUGAUGUUAGCGGCGAAGUUGCAGCUGUUGGUGCCCAAGUGAAGUCACUGACUGUAGGACAAGAAGUUUUUGGUGCUUUGCAUCCAACUGCUGUGAGGGGUACAUAUGCUGACUAUGCAAUUCUUUCGGAGGACGAGGUUUCUCCGAAACCAGCUUCAGUUACUCAUGCGGAAGCAAGUGCUAUCCCCUUUGCUGCAUUGACUGCAUGGCGUGCCUUAAAAUGUACUGCAAGGAUAACUGAAGGGCAAAGGCUGUUAGUAAUAGGUGGUGGAGGAGCAGUAGGUUUUUCUGCUAUUCAGAUUGCAGUUGCUGCAGGGUGCCCUGUUACAACUACUUGUGGAAACCAAACUAUAAAUCGUCUAAUGGCAGCAGGUGCCGAGCAGGCUGUUGAUUAUACUUCCGAGGAUAUUGAAUCAGUAAUUAAGGGAAAAUUCGAUGCUGUCCUGGACACUAUUGGUGUGCCCGAGACAGAAAGAAUGGGCACCAAUCUUUUGAAUAGAGGUGGGCACUAUAUGACACUUCAGGGAGAGGCAGCGGCGCUGAGCGACAGGUAUGGACUACCGAUUGGGCUUCCUGUGGCUACAGCUGUUUUAUGGAAGAAAAGGAUUCAGUACAAAUAUUCUCACGGAAUAGAAUAUUCAUGGAUAUACAUGAGGGCAGACUCGGAAGGCUUACUUGAGAUACGCAGAUUGUCAGAAGCCGGGAAGCUGACUGUACCUGUCGAAAAAACAUUUCCGAUAACUCGAGUAAGAGAGGCUCAUGAAGCUAAAGACAAGAAACUGAUCCUUGGUAAAGUAGUGCUGGAACUUGACUAAAGAGAUUCAGAACCAACGGUAGGAUGAAAGGUGGCCAAAGCUUCACUGAUGUUCCCAACGAACGGCAAGAAGCAGCUACAGUUGUUCAAGAAGACAGAGAAUGCAAGAGGGUCCGGUGGGGCUGUUUGUACGAGGUGGCUGGUGGUGGUGGUGGACGGGUAAAGGGCACGAGUUGUUUGUUCUAAGAUGCUGCAAGUCAAAACCAAGGAGGUCACCAGCUAAGCUUGCACCCGAUUAAAUCUGGCUGCACUCGGAGUUGGUCGGUCGGAAUUGGCUUUUGAUGAGCCAGCUUUACUGGAAAGCAGUAAAGACUUCUUUUUUCUCAAAAGCUUAUAUCUUUGUGCUAAAGUUUGAAGUUUUGUGAGUAAAUCAGUUAAUAAAAUUAGCCUCUGGGGUUACUUUUUCUU